GCUUCAUGAGACCAGAAAAUCAAAUACUGAGAAAAAACCAAUCUAUUAAGCCAUCUACCAUAAACUUUCAAAAACAAGCAGAUGAUCAAAUUAUAGGACAGGUGAGGAGGUGGUCAACAAAAGUGCUUCAAUGCCUAGGGGAAGGGGAAGAGCUGGGUCCAUGAACAUUGCAGGUUUCUGGAUUUUAGCUCAGUUUGUCCUCUUACUUGUGGCCGAUGUCAAGUCUUCAGCAGACUCUCAGCUGUGUGAACCUCGCGGGCCCCAAGGACCUCCGGGACCCAGGGGUCCUCCAGGGCCACCUGGUUAUGCAGGACCCAUGGGUAUGCCAGGACCAAGAGGGAGACCUGGGCUUCCUGCACUGGUUGAGAAAUGCCCACCCGUGCCUCAGUCUGCCUUUUCUGUCAAGCUGAGUGGGCCUUUCCCAGGACCCUCCCAGCCCAUUGUCUUCCAGGAAGUUCUGUACAACCAGCAGGACCACUUCAACCCUGCCACUGGUGUGUUCACCUGCAGUGUCCCUGGCGUGUACCACUUUGGCUUUGACAUUGAGUUGUUUCAGAGUGCUGUCAAGGUGGGUCUCAUGCGGAAUGGCACCCAGAUCCGGGACAAGCGAGCGGAAGCUGGAGAUAGCCACGAGCAGGCUUCUGGAAGUUCCAUCUUGGAGCUGGAGAAAGGGGACAGGGUCUGGCUGGAGUCUAAGUUGGACAGAGAAGAAUCUGAAAAAGGAACUACUCACACUGUGUUUUAUGGGUUUUUGCUCAAUGGGAAUUAAGACAGCUAGGGGUAACUGCACGAUUCUCUCCCUCAAGUAACCCUGAAUUUAAGAAAAAAAGCUUCCUACAUCCCAAAUAUUUUAUCUAGAACUGCUAAAUGAUGAACAAAUCACUAAAACAGUAAUGGCCAACUUGAACAAAAUGAAUGUAUUAGCAAUUGCUGAAACCAAUAAAGAUGCAUGGUUCAUCAAUUUA